AGGGAGAUACAAAGACAGGUUCUAAAAGAAGUCAAAUACAUUGAUUUGUUUAGUGUCUCUGUUCAUUACAUAUACAUAAAAUCAAGGUCAGAGUUUUGUUGAAGUGUUUCCAUCAGAGCAUGUAGAAGGGCCUACCCAUUCACUUUUCAUUUUGGACUGGGAGGAGAGGGGUGAGGAUUAAAUGACUAUCAAGCAAUAUAAGUCAUGAGGAAUUCACAACAAAGUUUAUACAGCUUCCCAGUGAAGCAUUGUAUUAUUUUAUAAUAGGGUGUUUAGCUGUUAUAUUACAACUUGCUACUAAACAAAGUAUUAUGUAAAAAUAAUAAAUGUGUAGCUGGUGUUGCUCUGCCACCUACAAGUCAUCCUGAACUUUACACCUGGCAGGAGGAACCUGCUAUGCAAACCUACACACACUGUCCCUGCUGGCUUCCUUCAUUCAAAACACCCAGGGCUGAGAGGGAGAGAAGGGGUGGAACCUGGCAGAGGAAAACACAAAAACAAAACAAACAUGUUGCAUGAAAUAAACUUUCCAACAAGCUCUGAGAUGACAGGGAGAUAAUUAUGACUCUGAUCUUGCUUAUUAGUGGAUGCCCACCUUUGCUACCUUGCUUCCCCGCCCACCAGCCUUUCAGAUCCUGGUUUUAGCUCCGCCUCUCCUCGGCUGCCUAAGUAUUAUAAUAGGCUGUCUGAAAGUGGUGCAGAGAGACAGAGAGAGAGAGAUAAUGAUUGGACAAUAAUACUAAUAACAAUAAUAACUUGGCUGCUCCCACUGCUAUAGCAAGAACUCAGCUCAGACUCUCAAGACUGAAGAAACCAGGUCCCUUGACACAGGAGCACCAGCAACUACAGACAAAGAGAGGAGCAACUGCGACAUCAUUAGAGAUACUGUAUUCCAUUUUUAUUGCACUGAUGAACUGUGCACAGUAACAUGAGGAACCUCUCCCGAAGAAGGGCCAAGAUCAAACUUUGAGAGGAUCUGACUUUGCAGAACUACCCAUCCCAUUCCGACUGACUUGGGGUUAGUUGGUUUUCUUUCAACAACCUGUUUUCCCACCUGGAGCAACCAAAGUGAAAGCCGUGAGGAAGGACACGGUGCAUCUCCCUAAGAGAGAGAGAGAGAGAAAUCUCAGAGGGGUGGAAGAAAGAGAGAGACCUCCCUGCCCCUAAGUAACCUACUCUCCAGGCGACUGGGGGCGGGGUACCCUGUUCUCCAGGGACCUGUCCAAGUGGGAAGAGCCCUCCCCACUUCCAAGCAACCCCCCCGGGCCCCAGUUCUUUGCUCCUUGCUAGGGCUGAAGGGGGAGCAACCACCAGCCUGCGCUGCUCGCCAAGAAGGAAACCGCUGGCGCUGUCCAGGGGGGGAAACAAGAGCCCCCCACACACACUGUUCCCAACGGGGAAGGCGCCCCCCCCCCAAAUCAGCCAGCCACCUCCCCAGCCCAGCUCCUAGGGCUGCCCUAGAGCCGCCCGCAGCCCCGGCCUGGCGGCGGGGGGAGAAGAGGCCGGGGCAGGGUGAGGCGGCAGCCGCGCCAUGAAGCUGGAGGUCUUCGCCCCGCGCUACGAGGACAAGCUGGGCGGCAGCGACCAGGAAGGCAGCGGGGCCCCGUCCCCCGCGCCGGGCGACAGCGAGCUGGGCUCGGACGGGGACUGCGCCGCCAACAGCCCGGGCAGCGAGGGGCCGGCGGGCGCGGAGGGCGGCAAGGGGAAGCCGUACACGCGGCGGCCCAAGCCGCCCUACUCCUACAUCGCGCUCAUCGCCAUGGCCAUCCGGGACUCGGCCGGCGGCCGCCUCACGCUGGCCGAGAUCAACGACUACCUGAUGGGCCGCUUCCCCUUCUUCCGCGGCGCCUACACCGGCUGGCGCAACUCGGUGCGGCACAACCUGUCGCUCAACGACUGCUUCGUCAAGGUGCUGCGCGACCCGGCCCGGCCCUGGGGCAAGGACAACUACUGGAUGCUCAACCCCAGCAGCGAGUACACCUUCGCCGACGGGGUCUUCCGCCGCCGCCGCAAGCGCCUCAGCCGCGCGCCGCCGCCGCCUCCCGCGCGCCCGGCACCCGCCCCCCCUGCUGCUGCUGCUCCUCCGCCCGGUGCAGCUGCGCCGCGGGCCCCGCCGAGGAAGGGCGAGCGGGCGCCGCCGCCGGCCAGGCCGGGCUCCAAGUUCUCCAGCUCCUUCGCCAUCGAGAGCAUCCUCAGCCGGCCCUGCCAGCGCGCCCCUGCCCCUACCCCCGCCCCGGGCCGGGCGCUCUGGCCCGCGCCGCCCGCCCCCUACCCGCUGGGCUCCCUCUUCGGCGGCGGCCUCCUGCCGCUCUACGCCUACGGGCCCCAGGCGCUGGAGCGCAGGAGGGAGGCGCUGUCAGCCGGCAGCGCCCCUCUCCCGCCGGAGCCUCCCCAGCUCUUCCCCUCCCCUGCCGAGGCGCUGCUCGGCUCCCCGCUCUAUUGCCCCCUCCGGCUGCCCGGCCCGCUGCACACAGCCACGGGGCGCCCGGCCUCUUACCCGCCCUGCCCCCUCCAGAGCCUCCUGCCUUAA